GCGGAUUGAUCACCCGCAGCUGACUCCUGCGAACCUGGACAAACCUUGGAACACGAUCGCGCGGCUGAUUCCGCUUUGUUUGGUUCCUUGCUUUGAGUGGAUUCUGUCUUCCAGCAUUUCAUCUCUUUUCUCUUUCUUUCUUCUCCCUUAUUCUCUACAAAUUUUACUCCCCCGCAGUUUAGCAACUGCAUUCCUUCGGCCCUCCCGAUCAUGCUCAUGCGAACGGUCGGCCCCGCUCGCCUCAACCCCGCGCCAUGAGCUCCUCCCUCGAGGCCAAGAUAGUCGUGCUCGGCGCACAAGGCGUCGGCAAAACCUCCCUCGUCCAGCGCUACGUCCGCAACGCCUUCAACCCGUCCACCACCACUUCCACCGUCGGCGCGUCGUUUGUCACCAAGCGCGUCCUCGACACCACAUCCGACACUACCGUCCGCCUCCAAAUAUGGGACACGGCCGGCCAAGAGCGCUUCCGUUCGAUAUCGCGCCUCUACUACCGCGGCGCACACGCCUGCCUCCUCUGCUAUGACAUCACCGACGAAAACAGCUUCCAGGAAAUGGCCGGCUGGCUCCGCGAGUUGAGGCGGAAUAUCGGCGGGCCCGAGGGCGAUGCCGACCCCCUCGUGAUUCACGUCGUCGGUACCAAGAGCGAUAUCGUUGCCGAGGAUCCGGGCAAGAGACGCGUUCCGUUUGAGCGGACGAUCGCGUACGUCGCCGAGCAGUUGUACCCGAGUCGUGCUUCGACGCCGCCGCCUACCGCGGGCAUGGGCAGUAUGAGCAUGGGGAUGGGGAUGGGCCUUGGGUUUGGGUCUGGUGUUUUUGGAGCCGGUGCGCCUGCGAUCAGUCCCGGUGUGCUACAGAGUCCGGAUAGUAAACGGAGUUCUGCGUUUUGGGGCCAGGAGAUUGGGUGGGAUUGUUGUCAUGAGAUCAGUGCGAAGGAUGGAGAGGGUAUUGAUGAGGUUUUUCGUGUGAUUACGCGGAAGCUGGUUGAACAGCGGAAUCGACGUGAUGUCGAACUUGCAUUGUCGGCCGUCGGUACACCCGGGAUUGAUGUCCCCAUCGGUCCGUUUACACCGGGCCUCGUUGAUGGAGGGGGUAGUUUCAGACUUGGAUAUGGUGAUAAGCGACGCAGUUGGUUGGGACUGGCGACACCGACUGUAGGUGAAGCGGAGGAGGUACAGGUGAUGAGCACCGCGAAGAAACGUGGACGGUGCUGUUGAUUUUGGUCUUUCUUGUUUGAUUUGCGUUUUGGCUUUGCUCAAACAUUUUGCGAUGAUAUCUCCGGGGGGUGGGCUGCAUUUAAAGACGGGCGUUUUCUCGUUCGGCGCUGGAUCUGUUGAUUUAUUGAUCUCUUAAUACUGACUUUGCCUUUGCUUGAAUAUCAUUCAUACAUCUACAA